AUGUCUUCACCUCCCGUGCCACUGUCGCCCACAUAUCCACCAGAGAGUAGUCCUACUCGAGGUCGCAAGAGACGGAAUGACGACGAUGUCCCCAGUUCACCUGCCAUGGGUUUGCCGCUGAGUCCAGCGCUUCCACCAUCGUCACCUGCCGCUCCCUUCGAUCCCGACGAAGAUGAGGCUGAAAUUCAAAAUGAUAUCGAAGACAUUCCUAGUGAAGAUGAGGAUGGCGAGGAUCUUAUGGAUAAUCUUGAGCGUGAUUACCGUAUGAAUCGUGCCGAAGAUGUCUACGACCUCGAGAACAUUGACGAUGAAGAAUACGAUGCGAUGGACGACGCUGAGAGAAGAAGAGUGGAUGCACAAUUGAACAGACGUGACAAGCUUGUGCGUCAAGCCAGAAGUGGUCGUUCUCAAGCGUUUUUAGACGAUGUUGACGACGAUGAUGCUGGUUUGGAUGAAUUUGGAUUGCCAAAACAAAGACGGCGCCAACGUCAAUUCCAAGCCGAUGAGGAUCUUGACAUGGAAGACUUUGAGAUUGACCCGUUCACCGAAGAACUUACCCUUGAAGCUCUUUCCGAAGUCAAAGCACCCACGGUGGCCGAGUGGAUCCAACAACCUGCAGUGUCACGACUGAUUCACCGUGAGCUCAAAAACUUUCUUCUUGAAUAUACCGAUGCUCAGGGUAACUCAGUUUACGGUGCUCGUGUCAGAACUCUCGGUGAGGUUAAUGCCGAAUCCCUCGAGGUAACUUACGCGCAUCUCGUUGAAUCCAAAGCUAUCUUGGCUUUAUUCUUAUUAGCUGCUCCACACGAGAUGUUGGCAAUUUUUGACGUUGUCGCUAUGGAAACCGUUGAGUUACACUACCCCAAUUACGCUCACAUCCACAGUGAAAUUCACGUCCGUAUUGCUGAAUUCCCUCAUCUCAUGAAUAUUCGUGAUCUUCGUGAAGCGAACAUGGGUCAGCUCGUCAAGGUCAGUGGUGUUGUUACUCGACGCACUGGGGUGUUCCCUCAACUCAAAUAUGUCAAGUUCGAUUGUCUCAAAUGUGGCGCCGUUUUGGGUCCUUUCGUGCAGGGACCCACACAAGAAGUGAAGGUUCUGUUUUGUACUAACUGUCACGCCAAAGGACCCUUCAGAGUCAAUCUGGAAAAGACAAUUUACCGAAACUUCCAAAGAAUCACUCUUCAAGAAGCUCCGGGGACGGUACCUGCGGGGAGAUUACCCAGACAUCGCGAGGUUGUGCUUUUGCUGGACCUUGUCGAUGUGGCCAAACCUGGUGAGGUGGUUGAGAUUACCGGUAUCUAUCAGAACAAUUACGAUGCUGGCCUCAACAUCAAGAAUGGUUUCCCAGUGUUCAACACUAUGAUUGAAGCCAACCACAUCAAACUGAAGGAAUCACUGAGUGAAGCUGCUGGUGGUGGGGCAAUGUGGACUGAACAGGAAGAGCGAGAAUUCAAAGAGUUGCUGCGUCAACCUGGUAUCAUUGAUAAAGUUAUUGCUCUGAUGGCGCCACUGAUUUAUGGUCAUAAAGAUAUCAAAACAGCCAUUGCCUGCUCACUCUUCGGCGGGGUUCUGAAAAAUGUCAAUGGUAAGCUCAACCUCAGAGGUGAUAUCAAUGUCCUUCUUCUAGGGGAUCCUGGUACUGCAAAGUCGCAAUUCCUUAAGUAUGCGGAAAAGACAUCACUGCGGGCGGUGUUCGCCACUGGUCAAGGUGCGUCGGCUGUGGGUUUGACGGCACUGGUGCGGAAAGACCCCAUCACGCGUGAAUGGACCCUCGAAGGUGGGGCUUUAGUACUUGCCGACAAGGGCACGUGUCUCAUUGAUGAAUUUGAUAAGAUGAACGAUCAAGAUCGUACAUCCAUUCACGAAGCGAUGGAACAACAGCUGAUUUCAGUGUCAAAAGCGGGUAUCGUCACAACACUUCAAGCUAGGUGUGCUAUCAUCGCCGCCGCCAACCCUAUUGGAGGUCGUUACAAUCUGACUCUUCCCUUGGCGCAAAAUGUUAAUCUUACCGAACCGAUUUUGUCGCGUUUUGAUAUUCUUUGCGUGGUGAGGGAUUUAGUCAACCCUGAGUCCGAUGAGCGUUUAGCUAAAUUCGUGUUGCAACUGCAUGUUCGACUGCACCCUCUGUCUACAGAAGAUGUUGAAGACGACGAGACUCGUACUCGUCGGGAGAAGCUCGAUGAACUUACUAAGGAGAAAGAAGAAGAAAUUUCUCCUAUUCUGCAGGAGCUCUUGGUGAAGUACAUCAACUAUGCGCGCCACAGAUGCUUCCCGAAGCUUUAUCAGAUGGAUGUUGAUAAGGUGCUGCGAGUAUAUGCGGAUUUGAGAAAGGAAUCGAUCAGUACAGGUUCGUUUCCAAUCACGGUGCGGCAUUUGGAAUCGAUUUUGCGUAUUGCUGAAGCAUUUGCCAAGAUGCGACUUCUGGAUUUUGUAUCCCAACUGGAUUUGAACAGAGCCAUUAAGGUUCUGGUUGACCUGUUCGUGGGAGCACAGAAGGUGACUGUGAGAAAGCAAUUGGCAAGACUGUUCCAGAAGUAUACCCUCACCAGAUCUGGAGCCUGA